AUGUUUUUAGCAGUGAACAAAAAUCUUACCCACUGUUUUGAGGUGGUUUUUGGGACUGACGACUCUUCAGAUGUUUUGGUACCUGCAGCAGCUGAUAGUCGGUCCGUGGUACAUGUCAGUGAAGUUGUAGCACCUUCAGAAAACAAACCUGAGGACAUUGUAGAGAAUUGUACAAUUGAGGAACAGGUUUGUUUGGAAGAGGAGGCCACUGCAAAGAAGGUUGGAUGCUUGGAAGAGGAGACCCCUGCUGAAGAAUCUGGUGUCUGCUUGGAAGAGCCCUCUGUUGAUGGCCUUCCUCUAAUCUCUGAGGAAAUACAGGUUCUAGAUCACACUGUUGUAGAAGAUCCUGAACUAGUUUUUUACACAGAGUUGCAGCCGACUGUCCCUGUUCUUACCCCGGUCCAGUUCUCCGACAUGCAGCACUUGGAAGGAGAGGAACUGUUGAAAAUUAGGGAAACCAAUGAAAGUGAAGUUUCUAAGAUUCAUGGUGACCUGGAACCAGCUCCUAGCAGUUUUUCUUUAAUACUUGAAGCUGAGGAUGGAGAAAAUGAAAUGGAAAAUGCAGCUACUGAACCUAAUGCACACCUUCUGGUUGUAGAGUUGUCUAAAGUGAGAGAAAGUGGAGACCAUGCUGAGGAGGAUCGUGGUGUUUCUGAAGAGUCGGAACAACAAAUUUGUAAUCGGGAGGCUGUAACUUUGGUAAAGGCUGCAGAAGAGAGUCCUGAAGCCCAAAUUGGUAUUACGGAGUCUCUUCCAUACGUGCCUGAGCCGAUUAAAAUGGCUAAUGCAGAGAACCUGCUAGACGUUGUCAAAGACACUAGAACUAAGGGGUUUGUUACUGAGUUGGUCGACAGCUGUAUGCAGGAAGAAAUGCUGGUGACGGGCAAAACAGUAAGAAGCUCAACAUCCAAAUCCUUGGAGGAACCUAUUCAUGCUUUGACAGAUGCUAGCAUCAAAGAGAUAACCAGCACUCUGGCAGAGAACAAGCAGAACUCAAGACGCACCAGGGGAAAGAGUUUGAUGGUUGAGGAGAAGACUACAGAUGGCGAGCCUUUGGACCAACCAGACUUACAGGUGCCUACCACUCCCAGAAGAUCUAUGAGAAGUGCAAAGCACCAGCCCCAAACAAACACAUCAGCUACACCAGGGAGCACCCUGAGAAAAACUAAAGAUGUCAAGUUAGAACCUGAUGCAGAACAGGAAACUACACAGCCAACCAUGCCAAGGAAAGGGGGGCGCAGAACAAGGAGUAGCCUCGUUGAGCCUGUGGAACGCGUCCAAGCUACGGAUAAAGAUAGUAAACAAGAGGCAGUGAUGACGGUGACUCCUACAAGGAAAACCAAGCAAACAAGCAGUAUCUUGGCUGUUUCUGAAAGUGCCCCGGUGGACCAGCCAGUAAAAGUGUCAGCCAGUCCCAGUAGGGUUACCCUGAGAUCCACAGGGGUCACGUUGGAGAUUCCCCAAGUGUCCCAACAAAAGGACAUUUCCACCGAGCUUCACGAACAGAUGCCCCUCACCAGGGGUGUGCCAAUUUUUAAACAACUUAUUGUCCAGGGAACAAAAUGUUAGCAAGAUCUACUUGCCCGUUCCCUGUUGCACAAAACACACAAAAAGUAGACUAUAACUUGUAGGAUUUGGGUUUUAUUUAAUGGUAAACACAAUCAAUUGGUUGGUUAUUUAACAGCAAGUUUAUACCAGGCUGGCUUGCUGGUCCAAAAGGUCUUGCUACCAGAGGUUCCUAGUUCUAAUCCCCGCUCAGCCACUGAUUAACUGUGUGUGACCCUAAGUCACUUAACCCCCCGUCCUUCGUCCUUCCUGUUAUAAGUGACUCUGUAAUAGUUGCUGUAGCAUA